AUGGAAGUUAUAAUGCAGUAUAUGUUUCGAACAUCAAUAAAGCAGAAGAAAUUGCAAUUGGGUAAGAUUAUUUUGAUACCAUUAAUGAAUAGAGAGAAGAGCAAGGAGGAGAAAUGUCCACUUUGCGGAACCUCUGAAGUGGUUCUACGACAAAAUAUUCCAAUAAAAAUAUCCCAGGUAAAUAUUAAUUCAAGAUUUUAAUCUUUUAUUGGAAAAGUUAAAUAAACCUAUAAUAUUAAUAGAAUACAAUUAUCAUUAACUUUUAUAGAACACAAAAAUAUUAAUUAAAAAGUGUUUAAAUAAAUAUUAAAAGAUAUUUUUUUAAUAACAUUUUGGUGAUAUUGCAAAUGUUAACUAUAUUAUGUUAAUUUUAACGACGUUAAUUGUAAGUUACUUAUUUUCCCACAAGAUACUGAUUAUUGUCGCCAGUAUGCCUUUGAAUAAGUAAAAACGAAAUAUGAUAAAAUAUUUAAGAAUCUAGAUUUACUUUAAAAUAUAUUAAAAUUAAUACGUCAUAUUUUAUUUAGAGUGAUAUGCUUCAUGAUGAUCCGCGCUCUAGUAAUUAA